AUGAUACCUUCAGAAGGAUGGCGUCCGGCCGCCAAGGUGACGUGGUGGCGCGAGGGGGGACGCCUGGAGGACGAGCCCUCGGAAGCCGGAGGCAGCGUCCUCCGGCUGGGGCCCCUGGACAGGCGUGACCUGCUGGCCACGCUCACCUGCAGGGCGUCCAACAACAACAUAUCGGAGCCACUGGCGACAUCCGUCGUCGUCGACAUGAUACUGGGCCCCUUGUCCGUGUCCAUCGUCGGAGGCCAGCCGACCCUGGAAGCCGGGCGUCCGUCGUCCCUGCGCUGCGUGUCCUCGGGGUCGAGGCCUCCGGCCACACUGUCCUGGUGGAAGGGCACCCAGAGGCUUCCGGCCACCGCAGACGGAUCCGCGAGCACGCUGGCCAUCACGCCGGUCACGGAGGACGACGGCCAACAGCUGUCCUGCAGAGCCGUAAACGAGCAGUUACCUCAGGCCUCGCUCGAGGACCUGGUCACACUCAGAGUUCUUUAUAAACCUCUGUUGACGCUGCGACUGGGCAACAGACUGCGAGAAGACAGCAUCCUGGAGAAUCACGACGUGUACCUAGAGUGCAACGUUGCUGCAAAUCCUCCGGUGGUCGACAUUACGUGGCUCUUCGACGGUCACGACUUACAAACUAAUACCACAGCCGGCGUCAUCGUGAGCAACAGGUCCCUGGUGCUACAGAAGGUGGGGCGCAGCGCCCGUGGCGAGUACCAGUGCGCAGCUUCCAACGCGCUGGGCCAGUCUCGAAGCGCUGCCCUCUUUCUGCGGGUCCAGUUCGCUCCGAUCUGCCACGAGCCUCAGAAGUGGGUCUACGGAUCCGCCAAGCACGAACCCAUCCAGGUUACUUGCGACGUGGAAGCGGACCCUCCAGAGGUCACCUUCCAUUGGCACUUGAACCACUCAGCGGAAAUUAAUAUUCUCCACGGCCCGCAGUUUUUAAUGUUUUACACGCAGUUGAUUUCUCUCAAACUGCAAUACCAUGUUUAUCAGUGGGAAGAAGGACUUGUUUUAGAACGGAAGAUCAAAUUUUCAUCGUUUAUAGCUUUUUACAAAAAAGGUGCGACGCGUUCGGUGGCAACGUUCGUGGCCCGCUCAGAGGCCGACUACGGAACCCUGAGGUGUGAAGCGCGUAACGCAGUGGGACCGCAGCGAUGGCCCUGCCAGUUCAGUGUGGUCCCUGCGGGUCCGCCCGAGGCCCCUGGCCUCUGCACGCUCGCUAACCAGACUGAAGACGCCUUCCAGGUUCACUGCAGCGCGGGUCACCACGGGGGUCUUCCCCAACACUUCGUGCUAGAAGUGCACGACAGCGGCGGCCGCUUCCGGGGCAACGUCACCGCACCCCAGCCAAACUUCGAGGUGACGGACCUUCCGGCCGGUAGCGACUUCGUGCUGGUCGUCUACUCUGCGAACGGAAAGGGAAGGAGCUCCCCUGUGCUGCUCACUGCAGCGACGUUGCCUGCCGCUGCCGAAAGCCUGCUUCACCAGGGACCAGGAUCGCAACAUAAAAUUAAAACAGCAAAAAAGAACAAAAAACGUGGCUACAGUUGCAUACGUAGACUACCGUAUUUGCGACCAAAAUAA